AGUUGCCUUUUCGGGCCUCGGCUUCACGACCUUCUACUUGGCGGGCAAGCUGCACUGCUUCACUGAGAGUGGGCGGGGGAAGAGCUGGCGGCUCUGUGCUGCCAUCUUGCCCUUGUACUGUGCCAUGAUGAUCGCCCUGUCCCGCAUGUGCGACUACAAGCAUCACUGGCAAGAUUCCUUUGUUGGUGGAGUCAUUGGCCUCAUUUUUGCAUACAUUUGCUACAGACAGCACUACCCUCCUCUGGCCAACACAGCUUGUCAUAAACCGUACGUCAGUCUCCGAGUCCCAACCUCGCUGAAGAAAGAGGAGAGGCCCACAGCCGAUAGCACACCCAGCUCGCCUCUGGAGGGGAUCACCGAGGGUCCCGUAUGACUAGUGUCCUGGGAGAAUGGACGCUGAGCCCCAGGCACACUCUUCCACCCUGACAUCAUAACACAAUAGAAAAGGUUUUCUGUAGUGUGUUUCUCAUCAGUUGUUUCUCCAAGUUAUCCUUCUGCUUCAUUUCGCUGGUGGCGUUCCUGCUACUUUAGAUGUCUACUUACGACAUUUUCCAAUUUGCAAGGGAAAGGCACCAGGAACGAUCUCUGAGGGACGUGGGGGAGGACACUGCCAGGGUGGUCUGGGGUAGCUCGGCUGAUUCCUCUAUCUGGAAUGUUUGCUGUAACAGCCACCUUCCUAUGUUUUCAUGGUUGUGAAACAUAAUAAAACCUCCCACCUGGAAGGCUUGGUGUUGCCGCCAA